CUACUAAAAAUGAAUAAUAAACAAUUGGAUAAUUUUAAUUUUAACAAAAAUUUUCGUGUAAAUAAUUAUAAAUCAAAACAACAAAAAGCACAAUUAUUACAAAUGUCUAAUAAUUUAAAUUGGCAAAGAAGAGCUCGUUCUGUUGCCCCAAAAAAUAAAAAAUUCCAACAAAAACGUGAAUUUAGUAAACAAAAAGAAGGAAAUUUAAAUGAAAAUUAUUCAACAGAUUUUGAAAAUAAAUUUGAGGAAAAAGAAGAGGGAAGAGAAUUACAAUUAAAUAAUUUUGUGGAUGAGGUCUGUAAAUUUAAAAAAAAAGAAUAA